AUGAACGGAGCUGAGAAGCAGCACCCGGAGGAGGGGCCUGAGACCCCGGAUCUGCAAACAAUGCCACCAGGAGAUGGUGAAGAGACAGUUUUCCAGAGCUCAAGCCAAGGAAGAACCUACAAGAGACGGCGCAAGUUGCAAACCCCCAAGAGAAUCCCAGCAGAGAAGGAGCCGGACAGUCCAAGGGAGAGUGAAACGGGCUCCAGGAAGCACGCGGUGUCCUCUUCAGAGGUGGGAGCCAAGGCCCGUGGGAAGGUGCCCAGCUGCUUGGCCUGUGAGCAGAGCUUGAAGGGGAAGAUCUUCCAAAGCCGGGGCAGGUUUCAUGGUCAGAAGAAGUCGCAUGAAUGUUGGGAAUGUGGGAAAACCUUCCUGCGGAAGAAGGAUCUGGCCAGACAUCAGGGAGUCCAUACCGGAGACAGAUUCUACAGCUGCCUGGACUGCAGGAGAAGCUUCAGCCAAAUGGCAGGGCUUACGAGACACCAGAAGACGCACUCGGGGGAUCGGCCCUUUCCCUGCAUGGACUGCGGGAAAAGCUUCUGCCUGAGACAGGACCUUAUGAGCCACCAGAGAACCCACACAGGAGAGAGACCCUUCGUGUGCUCCCAGUGCGAGAAGGGAUUUAGCCAGCUGGCGCAUCUCGCCGCCCACCAGAGAACCCAUGCGGCGGAGAGGCCCUACCCCUGCGGCACCUGUGAGAAACGCUUCAAGCAGAGCCAAGACCUCCGAAAGCACCAGCGCACCCACACGGGAGAGCGACCCUACCCCUGCACUGAGUGCGGGAAAUGCUUCAGCCACGUGUCGAACCUCAACGCCCACCGGAAGGUGCACACGGGCGCCAGGCCCCACACCUGCAAGGAGUGCGGGAAAGGCUUCCGCAAGAGGCAGGAUCUUCUGCGACACGGGAGGAUCCACACGGGAGAAAGCCCCUUUGCCUGCAGCCACUGUGAGAAGAGCUUCCAGCAGAAGAAGGAUUUGAACAGACAUCAGAGCAUCCACACGGGCGAGAGGCCCCACCUCUGUCUCGAAUGUGGGAAAAGCUUCCGGCUCAAGCACGCUCUGGUGCGACACCAGGCAACCCACCCAUGGCUCAGCCCCUAG